UCUCUGUUUGAGAUUUAGGUUUUGACACACAAUGGCGAUGCAUGGGGGUUAGUUUCUUUGCGCAAAGCAGAAUACGGCAUUUUUCUCACGCAGUUGUUUACAUUCGUAGCUAGUACUGCAGCUAGAUUUUACUACGACCCUGUUACUACUUGUUUUAGAAUGACAUUUGAUGAAUAACAAUAUAUAUAAAUACAUGUUUGUAGCGCACAAGUCUGUAUUGAGGUGCGUGACAUGGUGUUUUGAAAGCCCCCGCUUUUGAAUGAAAUGCCAUCUCAUCGUGAUUCAAUGGCUGUCACUGCAGACAGUUGAGCGAAAACACUGGGAUGGCUAGUACCCUUUCAGACCAGCUAGAGGAGGUACGAUGCCUUACGGAAGCUUGUCUGUAUUCCACUGGCUCAGUGCUGGAGGUCCGUGCAGGAAUAACAGCCAUGGCCAACAUACCCUUACCACCAUCGGUCAAAUACCGCUACAUUGCUGCGGAGACCAUGAUAUUUGAAAACGGCGUCAAUAACAACAGGAAAGAAACCAUAGGUUCCCUGCAGAGAUUGUCCACAGCACUGAACAUUCUGGAGAAGUAUGGCUGUAACCUCACCAGCUCCAGUAGGCCCAAGUACUGGCGCGCUGUCAAGCACAACAACCCCGUCUUCAGAGCAACAGUAGAUGCCAUUCAGGGAGGAAGGGCAGUGCUUUGUCUCUAUGGUUACUCCAAUCAGCAGCCAGACGGCCUGAGUUUCCCUGAUGAGGUCGUGGAACCUGACAUUGAGAAGGUCGCAGCGGUCACCUUGGAGGUCAUGAGUCUACGCAUGGAACUGGACAUGCUCAUCAAGGAGGCUCACCCCCACCCAGAGUUCUUUGAGAGAAUUAUCCCAUCACUGAACCAAAAGGAUGAAUUCGGACCCAUUUCUGAUGCGGUAGCUAUUCCCUCCAGCCUCAGAGAGAGCCAGCCCCUGUACAUGUCUCUGGCCUCCCUGUCUCAGUCUCCCACUAGUGCCUUUCUUCCAGUACGGACCGCUAACGCCUCAACCUCCACCUCUAUCUCUACCAGACACACAGACAACUGCACUAUCUGUGCUAUAUUCCCAGUGGCUGCCCACUGUAACUCUUGUGUCCAAUGGCUGUGUACUGAAUGUGAUAGACUGUACCACUCCUCUGCAGAACGAGCCAAUCACCACAGGACUGUCGUGACAUCCUCUAAAAUGCGAAAGAACCACAGCUCCCUCCUGUCAUGGCACUGUACCCACUGCACCAGGGUCAACUCCAACCAGGACAUACUGUGUGAGACAUGUGAGAGACCACGCCUGGCCUCCUCUGGCUCUGCUAAGGAUGAGUUCCCACAGCCCUUCACCAUCACUGAGUGGCAGUGUAAAAGCUGUACGGUGGUGAACGCGGGUAGUAGUAUCCUGUGUGAGGUGUGUGAGCGCCCCCGCCUGGCCACCAAGCCUCCGGCAACCCCCACACGCCCCACUCCUACACCCAACCGGCCUGCUGCUCCGGUACUGGGUAUGCCAGGAGACCCAGACAGCCAGUGGAUGUGUCAGUUCUGUACUUACAUCAAUUACACUCCAGCGUUAGUGUGUGAGAUGUGUGACCUCCCCCGCCCCGAGCCCACCAAAAUGCGAGUCAAACUCCACCCUCCGUCCCAGGUCAAAAAGGUCCCCGUGCUGUCCGUCAAACCCAAAGACCCGCCCAUGGAGGACCCUGAUUUGACGAGACAGAAACUGAUGAGGGAGGAGGGGCUAAAGCUGAUCCAGCUCAUUAGAGAUGGAGAGAAGAAAGGAGUGAGUCCAGAGGAGGUGUACACAGGCAUGCGCGUCUCCGGGGUCGGAAACAUCCUUCCCUGUGAUUGGCUCAAAGCGGAGCUACCUCACUUGCUCGACCGGAUCUGUGCCACGGCCACUUCGUCUCGAGCAGCAGACCUGAAGGCCGGACAGAACCAGAACGGUACUGGUACUGCAGAGGAUACAGGUGUGGAGGAGGAGCAGACCAGAGGGGGAGGAGUGACACUGUCCAGGGCUGAGGCCAAGCUGGCCUGGCUGUCUGCAGGGGGAGACACUGAGAGAGCAGCGAAACAGGCUCUCAGAGACAGACACUCUAAGGUAAAGGAGCUGUGUUCUCUGGGGUUCACUGACGAGGUGCGGUGUCAGGAGGUUCUGAGGCAGAGCGAGGGAGAGGUGCGGGGGGCUCUGUCUCUGCUGCAGCGACCGCUCAUGGAGCCCUUCCACCAACGCAUGUGGAGCGACCAACCUGAGCCACCCAUCGACAUCAACCACCCCGACAAACAGCGUGUGUGCCGGAGGCUGCUGGCGGUGUAUGACCUGCCCAGCUGGGGCCGCUGUGAGCUGGCCCUGUCCCUGCUGCAGGAGCGUACCGCCCCCUACUCCCUAGACGACGUGGUACAGGCCGUACGCGAGUCACAUGACAGAGACUUCAUCCGCCGAGUGCUGGCCAAAGAGUGCCCCAUCUGCCUGUCAGACUUUCCCCACAGCAAGAUGCAGUCUCUGACCUCCUGUCAGUGCUCGGUGUGCUGUGGCUGUUUCCAGCAGCACUUCACUAUCGCAGUGAGAGACAAGCACAUCAGAGACAUGGUGUGUCCCGUCUGCUGGGAACCUGACAUCAACGACCCCGAACACCUCAACAGCUACUUCUCCACCCUGGACAUCCAGCUGCGGGAGUGUCUGGAGCCGGAAGUGUAUGAUCUCUUUCAUAAGAAGCUGACUGAACAAGCCCUCAUCAAGGACCCCAAGUUCCUCUGGUGUAGUCAUUGCUCCUAUGGGUUCAUCUAUGAUGGAGACCAACUGAAGGUCACCUGUUUCCAGUGCAGGAACAGCUUCUGCGCACAAUGCAAGAAACCUUGGGAGUCUCAGCACGGUGGUCUGUCGUGUGAACGGUACCAGUCCUGGAAGAGAGAGAAUGACCCAGAGUACCAGAGGCAAGGCCUGGCCGGAUACCUGCGUGACAACGGCAUCACAUGUCCAAACUGCAGGUUCCAGUAUGCCCUGUCCAAAGGAGGCUGUAUGCACUUCAGCUGCUCCCAGUGCAGGUACCAGUUCUGCAGCGGAUGCAACAACCCCUUCCACACUACUUGUGCAGUGAUCCAUUGUAGUGUGACAGGCCUGCAUGCCCAUCACCCUCGAGACUGUCUCUUCUACCUGAGGGACUGGGAGCCUGGCAGACUACAAGCCCUGCUGCAGAACAAGGGUGUUGAGUUCAAUACGGACACCCCUCCAGGAACUCAAGCAGGGCUGUGCGGAGUGAUAGAGCAGAAGGAUGAGAGUGGGCAGCAGACGGACUCGGCCUGUGGGGCUCAAACUCAGCCUGGCCAUGCAGGACUGUGCGAGAAACACUACAGAGAGUACUUGGUGAGCCUCAUCAAUGGCCAUUCCAUCGACCCGGCCCCUCUCUUCAAUGCCAACGAGCUGGUGCUGGCCUGUCGGAGAUACCAAGUGGAUGACGCCCGGGGGGAGCUGGAGGACGAUGUGACGUACUAUACUCGAAUACUGGAGAAACUUAUUGAUGAAGUACCACUUGGAGACAAGGUUCCACGGAAGAAAUGAAAACUACUUGUUUGUUCGUUGAAGUGUUUUUAGUAUUGAGUGUUGGGAUUUUGGCUCUAUAAGCCAUCAAAUGUGUUUGUGUCAAUGUGACUGUUACACCACAUGCAGAAAGCUCAGCUUACAUCCCCAUUCUUGUGCUACAGUUAUUUAUGAAUCUAUGUUAGGGCUAAAUGCUCAGUUGCACAUUCAUUGAAAACAGAGAAGUAUGAGUGGGUGUGUGGGCGUGUGGGUGUGUGGCCGUGUGGGUGUGUGGGUGUGUGCAUAACAUUUCAAGACUGUGAUAACAGGGUUACAGCUUAAAUAACCAGUUAUAUUUAGAGGCAUCGCUUCAUUGCACAGAGUCUGGAGGUGCAUGCUCUUAACUGUAUAUUUCUGUCUGGGGGGGAAAAAAAUAUAUAUAUUUAAACACCCAAUAAACCACUAGGUUUUCACACCAACUCUAAUCUAGCACAUCUGAUUUUAAUAAUUAGCUGGUUUAUAUGCUGAAUCAGGUUAGUUAAAACUGAGGUUGAACCGAAAACCUGCAGGAGGGUAGAACUCUAGGAACGGGGUUGGAGAGCCCUGCAAUAAACCAAAAGAUCAAUCAUCCACUAUGGUUCUGUCAUGCUUUUUAUCCAAAAUGUUCCUGGUAUGCUUGCUGGAAGGGAGGUAGUUGUGUCCUCAGAGUAACUGCAGGGUUGACAUAGUUACUGGAAUGUUUAGGGGGGAUUGGAUCAGUACAGCCCCAGAGGUACCGCUUCAACACUGGACAUUUUGAAACUGAAGAUUGUUUCCCCUCCAGGUAUCAUUGUGAAGUAUUUCUACAGUAAAUGAAUCAUACACAAUCAUUAACAAUAAACUUCAGAUUUUACUUGAGA